AUUGAUGCCGGAUUUCAUAAAUAUAUAACGAAUAUGCAUAAACGUCCACCUGGGAUUGAAUUCAAAUACAAGGCAAAAAAAUACUUUUUUAAUUUCCUUUAUUUAAAUGAGAAAGGGCCAGAAAAAAUUAGACCGUUAGAUGAACCAGACAACAAAAAUGCUGAAAUCACUGUUAAAGAUUACAAAGCAGGAAAAUGA